UGAUAAUAAUCCUUGUGAUAAGAACUCUUUUUUCGCAAUUGUUGUGAGUGAAUACUUUUGAGCCCCACUGUGGAUGACUGCCCGAAUUGAAAAAGAGCGAAAAAGCUGAAAAAGAGACCUCUCCUCCAAGUGGCUCUCGACCAGGGCGAUCAGUUGCCGGUUGUCGUUCGUCGCGUGUUACGACACCGAUCUGGGAGCGCAGCACCUGUCGCCGGAUCGCAGCGGAGGAGUACCAUUCGUGUCCAAUUUAACUAACAACUGGCCCGGCGUCAUGGACAACUGGCUCAAGAUCUCGUUGCUGUUGUGCACUUUUGGAUUUCUACGGGAACUCCGGCCCUCGGAGCCGUACGUAACCGAAUACCUAUCUGGGGAUUUCCGCAACCUGACCACCGAACAGGUCUACCAGGAGGUUUACCCAUUCGGUACCUAUGCGGUGCUGGCCCAGCUGGUGAUAGUGUUCCUCAUUACGGAUCUGGUGCGGUACAAGCCUGUGAUUGUUCUGUCGGCAGUGGCGGGAAUCGUUUUGUUCUCCCUCCUGAUCUGGUCACGGACUUUGAGGUGGUUGCAGGUGGCACAGGUCUUCUUUGGCACAUUUACCGCCGCCGAGGUGGCCUACUACACAUACAUCUAUGCCAAGGUGGACAAGAAGCGGUAUCAGAUCGUCACCGGGCACACCAGAGCCGCGAUUCUGAGUGGAAAAUUCCUGGGCGGAGUACUGGCUCAAAUUCUGGUCUCCACCGACAGCAUGGACUUCCGGGAGCUGCACUAUAUUUCACUUACGACUCAGGCUAUAUCGUUGGGAGUAUCCCUACUCCUUCCGAGCGUGCCCAGGAGUCUCUACUUUUAUGCAACUGAUAAUAAGAAUCCGGAAACCGGUGGCGAGGUGGAGCAGCCGAAGUUCUCAUUGGCCAAUGCGGGACGUCUGUUGGGCUACCACUUUGUCUCAUCCUACACCAAUCCCGUAGUGCUGGUCUGGAGCUUGUGGUGGGCACUGGCCACCUGUGGACAGAUUCAGGUGAUAUCCUACAUACAAUUUCUGUGGAAGGAAGUGGCUGAGGAUAACAAAAGUGUGUACAAUGGGGGCGUCGAAGCCCUGGCCACUUUACUUGGAGCCAUAGGAGCCAUCUUGGCUGGAUUCCUGCAGUCUAACAACCGACGAAAAACCUACAUGCUGGGCAUAUCCAUCUGUGCCGCCUUUCUGGGUGGACUGCUCCUCAUUGCUGCCAGGACGCAAAUUGUAUGGGUGGCAUACGGCAACUAUGUCCUUUUCUGUGCCUUGUUCUUCUUCAGCAUCACCGUGGCCGGAGCUGUGGUGGCCGAGAAUCUGGUGGACGACAGUUUUGGGCUGAUUUUCGGAAUCAACACUCUAGUGGGCCUGUUGCUGCAAACGAUUCUCACGGUGGUGGUCGUGGAACCAGUAGGAUUUGGUCUAGAGCCAAGGGACCAGUAUGUGGUCUACGGCAGCUACUUUCUAGUCCUGGCUGGAGUCUAUGUGGUGGGCUUAAUCAUUACGGCGUUCUGCCAAAAACGAAGUGAAACCCCAGAGACUACCUAAAUCUUUAGAUUUCAAUAUUGAGCUUAAUUCAAAUUACUAUUAUAGGUGGUAUUUUUUACAAUAUCAAUGUCCAAAGUAUAAUUUAGUUUUAAAUAUAUUUUUAGAGAUAUUUAUACUAUUACUUCUUGUAGCUAAUUCCCUAAAGUGUAAAAUACUUGGCAAUUUGGCAAGUUGUUAAAUUUUCUAUGUUAAGUAUGUUAAUUAUUUUUAUAAUUUAGACAUCCAACUGAAGUUUUUCCAUUUUUUUAAUUAUGUAAAAUAUUAAAAAUAGAAUAUUAAUUCAGCUUAAGGAACUCUUGAAACAAGGAACUUAAUGUUUCGUUAAGCCAUAUGCAUUAAGUAGACCCCUUUCGAGUGAAAUUUGAAAAGAUUUGAAAAGUUUUUAAUAAAAAAAAAUGGGAAAUUGGUGGAA